AAAUUUACAUAACAAGUAGUACUUCACCCAGUAAACCGAAAAAUGCGCGAUCCAAACGAGCCCUUCAGAAGCGCGAGCCCAAGGUUAAAGAAAAUGUUAAAACCGCGCUUUUUAUUCGGGGAACUUCCACAACCGAAAUAGUCAAUGAAGCACUAUCAGACCUUUGUCGACUUAAAAAACCCGAUUCAAUUACUUUUAACAAAAAAAACGAAAUUCGACCAUUUGAAGAUGAUACCACGCUAGAGUUUCUUUGUCAGAAAAAUGACGCAUCACUAUUUGUCAUUGGGUCAAACUCGAAGAAAAGACCUAAUAAUUUGGUCUUUGCUAGAAUGUUUGAUGGACAAGUAUUGGACAUGAUCGAAGUCGGAAUAGAAUGGGCGGUACCCAUGAGUCAAUUCAAGACGCCGAAAUGUACAAUAGGCAUGAAGCCUCUUUUCAUUUUCACUGGUAGCUUGUUUGAAACUUCUCAGCCCCACAAGGUCUUUAAAAACAUGCUUCUGGAUUUUUUCCAAGGAAAGGUCUUGAAAUCAUUUGAUCUAACGGGAAUCGAAUACGUGAUUUCUGUUACGGCGAUCGGUUCUCCUUUACCUGAUGAAAGUAAUGUUAAUCCAUCACGAGUUGAUGGUAAAAUAUUUUUUAGAGUUUAUACGAUUAAUAUGAAGAAGUCGGGCGAAAGAACGCCUCGAGUUGAGUUAGAAGAGAUGGGACCACAUUAUAACUUCUUUAUUAGAAGAACAAAAUUUGCUAAAGAUGAAGUGUAUAAACAAGCUACUCGUAUUCCAAAAAGCUUAAAGCCAAAGAAGGAAAAAAACAUUGAUGUCAAUGAGAUGGGUGACGUUGUAGGUCGUAUUCACGUUGGAAAACAAGAUCUGAGUAAACUACAGACUAGGAAAAUGAAGGGUCUUAAAAGGGAAGCGAGAGAAGACGAUAGUGAUGAUGAGAAACCUACUAAAAAGUUAAAAAAUUAG